AUGACUAGGGAUACUAUUCUAUGUGGCGAUUUCAAUGCUCGGUUGGGUUCUCUCACUGGUGAUGCUAUCUCUAAUGCUCGUGGUAAUGCUCUCAAACCUUGGUUUGAUGAACACUGCUUGUCUGUACUCAAUGCGUCUUUGGCUUUUGGUGUUACGACGUACUCUUCUUUUCGGCAGCAACAAGAAUUGAGUAGUAUCAUUGAUUUGUUUUUGACAAAUAUUGGUGAUGUUGCUUUGGUGAAUCCUCAACUGGUGGUUGAGUCUGAUCUGUCUCUUGGUUCUGACCAUCGAUUGAUGUCACUUACUUUCGGGUAUGUGCCACCUCUCGAUGACACUGUGGCUCCUGGUGAUUUCUGUUCUGGCUCCUCGGCGUCAAUGGAAGCUCUCGAAAUUGACGAAAGAGAAGCCUUUGGGCUUACUCCUUCUAUUGGUGUGAAAUCUGGUCGUCCUGGCCAUUGGAAGAAGUACUGGACGCAAGAAAUUCAGGAUGCUGCUACUGUACGUGAUCACUCUUAUAGUCAAUGGAGGCAUGCCUUUGGUAUUGUCAAAGUUGAAAAAUGGUCCUUAUACAAAAUUGCGCAUCGCAAGUUUCGCUCCCUGGUGCAAGCUGCAAAGCGAAGGUCCUGGAAACAGUUCUGUGGUAUUCUAGAAAAGGAUUUCUCAAAAGCUACUGCUGCUAUCAAGCGCAUCAAGCGUAACAAAGAGUCUUCUGCUACCUACAGUCAUCCCGACGGUCCUGCUGCUUCUGUCACUGCUAUGGGUUCUCAUCUCGCUUCGGUGUUAUGA